AUGAAAAUCGUCAAAUCAAUUUUGUUUAGUUUGGUCUCCAAGCAACUGUUCAGCAUUACAGUGUGGGUACCAGCACAGAAAUUUCAGAACACUUAUCGUUUAGAUGCUUCUGAUCCUUUUAAGGUAGAUCCAGUGGAUAAGAUCGUGAAGAUGGCGAUGAUUGCUAAUCUAGAAAAUAUCUCUUACGAUGCCAUAGAAUCUCCAAAAGUUUGCGAAAAAGUAGCGACGGAUAUUAGAGAAAGAAUAAAAAAAUUGAACUUCGACAGGUAUAAAAUUGUAGUUAAGGUGACCAUCAUAGAGAAAGCAAGCCAAUCUAUACAAUCGUCUAUGGGAUUUCUUUGGGAUCCAGAGAAAGACAAUUACUCUACAUUCGCGUACGAAGCUCGAACAUUUCAUGCUUACUGUUGUGUAUUUGGACUUUACUACGAAUAA